AGGAUGGUUCCAACGCUAUACGGUCCAGAAGAGUCUCUUCGAGGAAGAACGUCGCAAGGAAGCGCGAAAAGAUUGGAAGCCGAGAGUGUUCAUUCAAGAUUACAGAGGACACCGGAAACGCAUCGCUGAAGAGCAGAAAAACGUCCGACGAACACAGUGGGAGAAGUUCAAAGGCAAAAUGGAACUUUGAGUAUGUAUCAUGCAAGUCAUUAUUGUCCCUUCUCAUCAUAAUGUCUCGUCACCAGUAUUUAUUGUACAUCGUCUUUGUAUGUAACGUGAUCUGCAGUGGGACAACUAGGCGAAGCACGCUGACGGCUUUGUCUCCUACGUGUUCUUCAAACAAAAGUGAUACUCGGCUGUGCUCUCAGUUGGUUAUAGAAUGUCGCUCUGCUUUUGAAGAACUCAAUCACAAUUUCAGAUGUCAUCCGAUUUACGACAAAAUGGCUACAUCAAAUUUCUCACCGCCCAUCGACAAGGCCGAUUCCGCUAAUGUAUCCGCUGAAACUUCGGUCAAAGACUUGCAACCUCAAGGUAUCUCCGAACAAACGACUAACGUAAUCGUUUCCAUACUAGGCUCUGCAACUAUUCUGGCCGCCGCCAUUGGGACUAUAUCCUACAUUCGCCGUCGACGUCGGAGAAGGGGUAAUGAAUAGCGUCAGCAGGAGAUCGAAUGGAGUCUGCAACGGGCUCGACGACCGGUUCUCACGUUAGACACAGACCUACCUAUCGCGACCCAGUACACGAGGUCGGCUGGUCGAACCGGCUAGAGCACGUACUGCUAUCAGAACUCCUCGUGCCCGCAAUGU